AUGAUAAAAGCUGGACCCGAAUCUCGUUUGAAGAGAAUCUACAAUUUAGGAUCUACAGAAUCAAAUUCAGAAUGCUUUAUGAUAAAUCGCACACCAGAAAGUUUUGCCGCCAUUUUGGCAUUUUAUCAAAAUGGAGAAUUACACAUACCGAUGACGUCAUGUCCAGGUGCGUUCAUGGCGGAACUGGAGUAUUGGGAGAUUUCACCGGAAGCCUUGUCAGAAUGCUGUUACAACAGAUUACAGAAAUUUCUAGAUGAACAAGAAACUUUGAGUAAGUUUAGACAGACGUAUGUAAAGAGCAAAGAAAUCAGUAAGCCAGUAUCACCGUCAAGUGGUUGCUUACAGAGAUUCCGUACUAACAUUUGGGAAACAAUUAACUAUAACAGACCUUCUGUCGCCGGCAAGAUUUACUUAUUCGUGGCGUUUAUUAUGGUUCUCAUGUCCAUAUUUGUUCUGGCAUAUAGUACAGACCAAUCCUUCCACAGGGAAUUGACGAACUGUGAGCGUCUACAGUACCUGGACUAUAGAGGUGACGAACCUGUACUUUCGGAAAGUCUGAUUAAAAAGCUCAAUUUGAGUGACAUCGAAAAUAUACUUCUAAGGGAAAGCAAAGAUGAUGGUGGAAACUUGAAACGUUUUGUGUUUACAUUUAUUCAUAAACGAUUAAUGACGACGAAUAAAGUUGAGGAAUUAGAGGCCGAGAUAUCUUACCCAGAUUGGCUUGCCGAAUACGACUUUGAAAACAGUACAGAAGAUAAAAAUACAUCCUCCUUAAUUGAAUACCCACAACAGCUACACGCAAAAAAUUUAAAACCUAUUCCC